AUGCAUGGUGGGCCGGCAGGAGAGUCCCUCACCUUUCGCCGCCGCAGGUCCAGGAGCCGCCCCGCCGCGACCAAUCCGGAGCCAGCGGCGGCUGCGACGGCCGCCGGGAAGGGACAAGCGGGGUCGGCAGAGGAGCCCGCUCCGCCCUCGCGCCCGGGCAUGGCUGGCGUGGCGGGCUGGCGUGGCGGGCGCACGCUGCUGGGACGGGUGGCGGCCGCCCGCUGCGGGGCAAGGAGCCGGGCCGCGAGCCGGGAGCCGGGCCGCGACCCGCCCGGCCCGGAUCCUGAGCCCGAGAAAACGACCCGAGUCCCGAAGAUCUACACUAAAACGGGAGACAAAGGAUUUUCAAGCACGUUCACCGGGGAGAGGAGAAGCAAAGAUGACCAAAUCUUUGAUGCUUUGGGAACACUGGAUGAAUUGAGUUGCACUAUAGGCUUAAGUGCUGAAUUUGGCAGAGAAAGUGGCCACGCGUUUGUGGAAGAGCUUCACAAGGUCCAGUGUAUGUUGCAAGAUGCUGGCUCUAACGUGGCAACACCCAUCUCUUCAGCCAGGGAGUCUCACAUAAAGCAAACGUCGUUUAGCGAGAAGCCUGUGCUGGAGCUGGAAACCUGGAUCGACAGAUACUCGGAUCAGCUUCCACCACUCACCUCCUUUAUUCUACCAUCUGGUGGAAAGAGCAGCGCUGCGCUCCAUCUCUCCCGAGCCGUGUGUCGCAGAGCUGAGAGGCGUGUCGUUCCUUUGGUGAAAAUAGGAGAGGUGGAUGCAAACGUGGCCAAGUAUUUAAACAGGCUGAGCGACUACCUGUUUGUCUUGGCUCGUUUUGCUGCAAAGGAGGAAGGGAAGAAGGAGAAAAUCUACACAAGGAUGGAGCCCGAAGACUAAGUUCAGCAGUGCAAGAGGUGGAAUGGGCAACUUCUGAGCUAGCGAGCAGUGGAUAAGAUUUAAGGGUAAAAUGCAGGCAAUUUGAAAUGGUCAGACCCCCAACCUGAGAAACCAUUGAAAGCUGCUCACAGAGAUCUAGAUUCCCGGCCGCUUUUUUGGAGUCUUGCUUGUGCACAUGAAUUCAGAGCAAUGGUGGCACCUGAAGAUACUUUUGUUGCCUCUUGGAACAUCAAAGGGGAUUGUGGCAGAAAGCUCAGCUCAGUCCCGCUGGCUCUGGUCUGCUUGCCAGUUUCCUUCGCUCAAAACUAGAGUGGAUCUGAAUUUCUUCCCUUAGCCAAGUCCAUCAAUACAUCCUAUGUUGUCAGCAGUCUUGACAAGUGCAACUUUUAAGACACAGGCUCUAUCAGCAAAUGUCCCAGAAUCAAGCUUGCAGUAAGCUGUGUCACCCACACGAGGCUUGUUUUCUCCCAGUCAUGCACUUAAAAAAAAGUGACCACAUCCAACCAAAUUUUCAAAUUUAUUUCCUGUAUUCCUGAAUUUCCAGCGUGAAGAAUGCGCCGUAACUAAAAAAAUACGAAGUGAUAGAAGGGCAAAGUAAUUUGUUAAUCUCCCAUGGCAACAGUUUCUCCUCCUAUCUUGGAAAACACAUGUGCAAGGAAGUGCUGGGGAGAGAGUAAAACCAACUGGUUCUGAGGCUGCUGCUGAAGGAGCACCAGGCCAAGCCAACCCUCACUACCCGAGCGAGGACACGACCAGUGUGGGCUCUGUGCUGCAAAGCCACGGUUUACACACUGGAAGCCACGGGAAGCAUUGUGCAGCCCGCUGCCAGACAUGUUGGGACCGGCAACUCCCAGGAUUCCAACCAGCGGCUGGCGGAAACCAGGGUCAGGAGGCUGCACACCCUUCCAAGAGGCACAAGGGCAAUUUGGAGCAGCUCUCCCGAAGGCCUGCAGCAGCUGCCACAGCACAACACCCCAUAACUUCUAAGGCAGGGAGAGGGAGGACAAGGGUCUCCUGCAAUGCCAGAAGUAAAAUCAAGAAGGAAAUGGGGGGUGGGCCAGCAUCCAGAAGAGCUUCAUGCCUGUGAACCUGUCUGGGCCCAGCCCUUAAAUGGGAUGUGGGGUGGGGGGCUAUCUUUAAAUUAAAAAGCAUUAAAGCUGGGCUGAAUAAAAGCACCUUUUUCAAAAUAUCUUGUCCUGUUUAUAGUUCAUUACAAACCAGCUCUUCAUAUUUCACAACAUUUGUGCAAAAGGGUGACACACUGGAGUGCCAGCUUUGUAAUGCAUAGUCCUAAAAUAAGCAGAUUCACACAAACACUUCAGCUACCUGGGAACAGGACUCAGGAAACUGCGUUGCAAGUGGGCCAUAUUUCAGUCCUGGAUGUCCUGUGCAGGAGACCCCUGCGGAAAAUUACCAUUGAUACAGCUGAACUGGGAGCAGAAGAUGUUUCCCUACAGACAAACUCAUCUGAUUUAACGGGUAGAAAAACAGCAGCACCAGGUAGCCACAGCAGCACCAGGUAGCCUUUCUUAAUCAGUCUGUUGUGUGUGUUCAAAUCACUCCAUUGGUACGUGCAUGCACUCUUCAGGCGAAGACCAGUGGAAAUGCAACCAGAUUCCAGACGGCUGAAGGCCCCACAGUCUCCAGAGUCAUGCCCGGGGGCCCCGGAGAUCUCAGAAGGCGGACAGACAACCUGCAUCGGAGCAACUUUGACAGCUGGUGCCAAGACAACCUUCAGUCUAAACCCACCUGCAACUGUAUGCAACUGGCACAGGGUUUCCUUGACCAAGAAGCCAAACUAAACUCCAAUGCAACAGAGUCCCUGAGAGAACUGACCCAGGGCUGCCUGGGCCUGCACCGGAAGGUCACCCCCACGUCUGCACGCAUGCAUGCGGGUUCUCGGGGCUUAAGGAACAAGAGGGGCACCACUGGUCACCCUCCCCCUCAGCCAAGGUGCCCUUGAGUGCCUCCUGUUCCAGCCCUUUCAGCAGGGAAUUGCCCAAAGGAUCCCUUUGUUCUGUGAAUCCUAUUGCACCCAAAGGACAGCCCCUGAGCAGUCUCUCUUGGUUCACGUUGGAGAGACACCCCGCCCCACACACUGGCCCCAGCGCAGGGCGGGCCCCCGGUGGAUUCCAGUCCUCAGACUAGAAAGGCAGUGUCUGCCUGCAACCGGAGAACCCUCUGCAAGCUGGAAAUGGUAGUCCGUUCCUCGCGCAGGGAGGGCCCUGGGGCGUUUGGGGAAGAGCAGCACUGCCCCAAUUCAAAGCAAAGCUAGGUUGGCCGGCGGUUUAAUGCAGCGAAGCUGGGCUAAACCAGGGCUCCCUCCCACCCUGGGCUGAGAGGUACAACCAGCACUGUGUGGCUUUGUAGUGUCAGUGAGGGGCCGGCACUCUGGCUGCUGAGGCAGCCCCAACCAAAAUCUCCCGUUUCCUCUAAGCAGCCCGGGCCUUGGGCCCCUCCCAAGCAGACGGAACCUAGCCCCACAUGGCCUCCUACAACAGUGAGCUGGGAGAGUCUGGCCAGAGCCCGCUCUGGCUGGGUUGGGAAGUUUGCCCAGGAUAGACAGACAGACAGACAGACGGGCCUCAGCACAGGACAAGCAACUCAGAGGGAGAGACCGAGAUGACAUGAAUGGGACGGAGGCGGCUCCCUCCCGCAGCAGUUCGUGUGGCUCUCC